AUGACAGUCCCACAACAAUUUAAAGGUUUUGGUAUCGAUAAGGCCGAAAACUGGAAUAAGCCACAAUUAGUUAAAUAUGAAGCCAAAGAAGUUGCAUCUCAUGAUGUUGUUUUAGAAAACAUCUGCUGUGGUUUAUGUGGUAGUGAUAUCCACACCUUGAAGGGUGCCUGGACACCAUUGAAAAGAAAUGAUCUCGUCGUUGGGCACGAAAUCAUUGGUAAGGUUAUUGCUGUCGGUAAGGACGUCAAGGACGUCAAGGUUGGGGACAGAUGCGGUAUUGGUGCCUGCUCCAAGUCUUGUAUGGACUGUGAAAGAUGUGAAACAGACAACGAACAAUACUGUAACAAGAAGGUAGGAACUUACAACUCCGAAGAUUUCGAUAGUGGCUACAUCUCCCAAGGUGGUUACUCUUCCCACUCCAUCGCACACGAACAAUAUGUUUUCCCAAUUCCAGACGCAUUGGAAUCAGCUGUUGCUGCUCCAUUGAUGUGUGCUGGUUUAACCGUGUUUUCUCCAUUGGUCAGAAACCUUGGU